GCAUUCGAGAACUCGAAGCCUCAGACUCCUGUGUUAGAUAAGAAUAUUAAAACUACACUUUGAGUCAAACGGUAAAGUUUAAUUGUCAAUAGCACGAUGAAAACAUUUUUAAUUGCAAUGGCUACAUUUUCGAUAUUAAAUUUCCUAUCGGGAUAUCAUCAUUUGAUAGAUGCCCACGAGAUAUCCGCUCUUAAGCGACCAUUCACACCAGACGUGCUUGAUGAAAUUCUAGAUGGGUAUUCAAGACUACGAAAACGUUUCUACACGAAGAAAUUAGCUUGGUCACCAGCCAAUGGAUUCUUUAAUUUGGGAGCAAACAGAGGAAAUUCUCAAGAUUCUGGAGAUAAAGGGAAGCAACCUUUCAGAUGGGGAAGAUAAAUAGUAAAGCUUAAAUGUAAAGUUUUUCUAUAUUGAAAUAGUAAGAGAGAUAUAAGACUUUUCACAUAUUGUAAUUUAUGUCAUGCAUAGAUAGUAAUGAUAUGUGAAAAUGAGAAAAAAAACAAAAAAAAGAGAAAUAUACAAAAGAUAUUUUAGAAAUUGAAUAUAAAAAUACAAACGCAAACAGAAAAAGCUUAAAAAGAAAACAAUUGUCUUUUAUGUUUAUUUUCAAUAACUAAUUCUCUGUCUUUAGAAAAGAAAACUUUUUUUUUUAAAAAAAAACUUCACAAGAA